ACUGUGCAGGAGGGGAAAGCGAGGAGGGCUCUCUGUGUGUGUGUGUGGGGGUAGGGAGAGCUCUGAGCGCAGAGAGACCGCGGCGAGAGAGACACUGGGAGAGAGAGAGAGCCGGAGAGCAACUCUAUCCGAUUCGGCUCAACGCAAAUCCGUGCACCACGCGAGCCAACAGCUCCAUUCGGAACAACCACGACCACCUCGACUCCGUGAUAACUUGACUCGACUCCAUGCAACGGGACGCAAUUUGGAACUCAACUGAACGCAACUCUGCGCGUCUCGACUCCACGCAACUCUAAGCAACUUGACGCAACUACGUAUCGUUUAAUGAGACCCCCCCCCCCAACUCCCUCCUCACCUCUCUCUCUCUCACCCCUCCUCAACUCGAAGCCACGGAACUCUGUCCAACCGCAACCAAAACUCGCCGUUGACUCUCGACUCGACGCGAUGCGACUCGCUUGAGAUCGCCUUUUGCGGCCGCGCGCGACCGACGCGGCUACAUGGAGUUGCCCAGACGCGCCAUCGCCACCAUCGUCAUCAUCAUCGCCACCACCAUCACCACCUCCAUCAUCAUCAUCACCGCCGCCGCCACCACCGCCAUCCCGAGCGCAACCGUCGACUCGGUGUUCCCCGAUAAUGAACAAGGUCGCUCUGUCCGCCGCCAGGACCCGGACUUCCAGGUGACUGUCCCCGUGAGACUGACGUCACGGGCCCAGAGGGACGUGGGGCCACGGGGCCCCCCACUGCGCUACCUGCUCAGCCACCACGGGAAGCGCGUUCGUCUCGACCUGAGGCCCAACCAGGCCCUGCUCGCGCCGGGAUUCGUGCUGGAGAUUCGGAGCGGAGAAGGGAGAUCUCAGAUCCGCGUGGGAGGUCCCCCCGGCCUGCCGGGAUUACCGCGAGGGAGCGACGGUGGACACGGAGACACGGAAGGGGACACGGAGAGGCACACGGGAGACGCGGAGGACACGGCUGGGACGGUGGAGACAGGAGGAGGAGGAUGCCACUACCUGGGCUGGAUCUCAGAGGGGAAGAGACGCACUGGGACGGCUGCCGUGAGCUCGUGCGGCGGCGGGCUGACAGGUCUCCUGAGACUGCCUGCGGGCGACUACUUCAUAGAGCCGGUGAGGCGGGCGCGGAGGAGCCACGUGGAGGGGAGGGAGACCCCCGUUGAGGGGGGAGCGGGGUCCCCGCACCCCGGGGCGCACGUCAUUUACAAGCGCGGUGGGGGGCACGGGAGCCCCCCAAACUCGGGGAGGAAUGGCACGGUCCCGGCGGCAUGCGGAGUUCAUGACUCGCCGCGGGCCGCCUCGCGCACGGACAGGAGACGCGAGCGCUGGCAGCAGGGGUGGCGGCAGCGCUCCCUGCUCCGCGCUGCUGCCGCUGGUGGCCCAAGACGCCGCGUGGGGCCGCGCUCCGUCAGCAAGGAGCGCUGGGUGGAGACGAUGGUGGUCGCCGACGCCAAGAUGGUGGAACAUCACGGCGAGGAGAACAUCGAGGCCUACGUCCUCACCGUCGUCAACAUGGUGGCCGGCUUGUUCCGGGACGCGAGCAUCGGCAACCCCAUCAACGUCGUCCUCGUGAGGAUGGUGCUGCUGACGGGCGAAGAGGAAGAGCUAAAGGUGGUGCACCACGCGGACCUCACGCUGCACAGCUUCUGCAAGUGGCAGAAGAGCGUGAACCCCAAGGGGGAGGGCCACCACGCUCACCACGACGCGGCCGUGCUGCUCACCAGGAAGGACCUGUGUGCGGGUAUGAACCGGCCGUGCGAGACGUUGGGGCUGUCGCACAUGGCCGGCAUGUGCCAGCCACACCGCAGCUGCAACAUCAACGAGGACACAGGCCUUCCGCUGGCCUUCACCAUGGCCCAUGAGCUCGGACACAGCUUUGGCAUCCAGCACGACGGGCAGGGCAACGCGUGCGAGGCGCGGGGCAAGCGCCCGUCCAUCAUGUCUCCGCAGCUCACGUACAGCUCGCGGCCGCUCUCCUGGUCCUCGUGCAGCCGCGACUACGUGACGCGCUUCCUCGACCGAGGCUGGGGCUUCUGCCUGGACGACCCCCCCUCCCCUCGGCCCGAGCCCCUCGUCGUCCCCACGGCGCCCCCCGGAGCCCUCUACGAUGCCCCCCACCAGUGCCGGCUGCAGUACGGGGAGGCAUCGCGACACUGCCGGGGCAUGGACAACGUGUGCCAUACGCUGUGGUGCACCGUCGGCGACACGUGCCACUCCAAGCUCGACGCUGCGGCCGACGGGACUCGCUGUGACCACGGCAAGUGGUGCUAUUACGGAGAGUGCGUCUCCACCGACUGGCGCCCGGAGAGGAUCCCGGGGGGUUGGGGCUCGUGGGGGGCCUGGACCCCCUGCACGCGCUCGUGCGGGGGCGGGGUGGAGUCUGCAGAGAGGCUCUGUGACAGUCCAACGCCCCGCGGAGGCGGUCGCUAUUGCACGGGCGAGCGGCGCCGCUACCGCCUGUGUCACACGGCCGCCUGCCCCGCGGCAACGACGAUGAAGGCGGCGAACAAGACGCCGUCGUCGUCGGCGUCGCCGGCAGGGCCGGGCAGAGCCGCGGGCGGCGCGCCGCCGUCGUUCCGCGCGCUGCAGUGCAGCCGCUUCGACAAAGUCCCCUACAAGGGGCGCCUCCACUCCUGGAUCCCCGUCAUCAGCCCCAUGAACCCGUGCGAGCUGCACUGCCAGCCGGUGGGCGAGCACUUCACGGAGAAGCUGCUGGACGCUGCGGUGGAUGGAACGCCGUGCGCGGACAACCCCAACGCCCGCGACAUCUGCAUCAACGGCAUCUGCAAGCACGUGGGCUGCGACCUGCGGAUCGACUCGCUGGCGGUGGAGGACCGCUGUGGAGUGUGCAUGGGCGACGGCUCCACGUGCCGCACCGUCAAGAAAACCUUCAACGACAGCGAGGGGCUCGGCUACGUGGACAUCGACCGCAUCCCGGCGGGCGCGCGGGACAUCGUCGUGGAGGAGGUGGAGGAGGCGGGAAACUUCCUGGCGCUGCGCAGCGACGCGGAGCCCGCGCGCUACUUCCUCAACGGCGGUUGGGUGAUCCAGUGGCGCGGGGACUACGCGGCGGGCGGCGCCACCUUCACCUACUGGCGGCGCGGGAACCUGGAGAACCUCACGGCCACCGGGCCCACGCGCGAGCCCGUUUGGAUACAGCUCCUGUUCCAGGAGUCGAACCCAGGCAUCCGCUACGAGUACACGGUCCACCAGCCCCCGCACGGCGAGGGGGCGAGUCGGCCGCGGGAGUUCGCGUGGCGCUACGGGCCCUGGGGUAGCUGCACCGCGCCCUGCGGCAGAGGGGUGCAGAGGCAGGAGGUGCACUGCACGGAGCGCACGGCGGGGCCCGUGGAGGAGCGGCUCUGCGACGACGUCCCCCGACCCGACGACCGCCAGAGAGCCUGCAACGAGCACGAGUGCCCCGCACGGUGGUGGGUGGGCGAGUGGCAGGGCUGCCCGUCGCCGUCGUGCGGGUCACGCCCCACCGCCGGCGCGUCCUCGGAGGAGACGGAGGAGGAGGAGCGGCGCUCCGUGCUGUGCGUGCGCGGCGUCGGGGCCGACGAGCACCGCGCGCUGCCCGCGUCCCAGUGCGAGGGGCUCCCCCGCCCCCCCCACGCGCGGCCCUGCCCGGGGCCGCCGCCGUGCCCCACCCGCGGGGACGUCCCCGCUGGAGACCCGCGCGGCACGUGGCUCGUGGGCGGCUGGUCUCCGUGCUCGGCGACGUGCGGAGCCGGCGUGAGGUCCCGCGACGUCCGCUGUGAACGCCGGAGCGGAGACGACGUCUGCGACGAGGCCGAUCGGCCCGCCGAGUGGCAGCGCUGCGACUGGAGGGCCUGCGCCGAGCUGCCCCCAACUACCGGACCCGCCGCCAACGGGACGGGCGGCACGCACCACGGCGGCCCUCGCCAAGACGACGGCGGCGAUGACGACGACGAGGACGAUGACCGUGAAGAUGACGAUGGCGAGAUCGGCCGUCGUGAAGAUGACGAUGGCCGUGAUGAAGAUGAUGGUGAAGGCACAGAAUCUGAUGACGGUGAACAUCAUGGAGGCAAUGAGAUUGAUGACAAUGAUGAUGCUGAUGAAGACUCUGACGAGGAUCAUGGUGAAGACAAUAGAAGCGUGGAGGAUGAUCGUCAUGAAGACGAUGGUGAUGACGACAAUGAAGAUAACCGAGACGAUGAAAAUGACCGUGAUGAUGAAGAUAACCAUGGUGAAGAUGAUGAUGAUGAUGGAGGUCAUGAAGAUAAUCACCAUGGAGACGAUGAUCGUGAUGCCAAUGAACAUCAUGGAGACGAUGACCAUGAUGAUGAGGAUGAUGAAGAAGAUGAUGGUGAUGACAACGAUGAAAAUAACCGAGACGAUGAAACUGACGGUGAUGAUGAAGAUAACCAUGGUGAAGAGGAUGAUGAUGGAGGUCAUGAAGAAAAUCACCAUGGAGACCAUGAUCGCGAUGCCAAUAAACAUCAUGGAGACGAUGACCACGAUGAUGAGGAUGAUGAAGAAGAUGAUGGUGAUGACCGUCAUGAUGAAGGCAGUGAUCAUCAGCAUAGUGAGGACAACGACCACCAUGACACUGUCCACCGUGAAGACGACGACGAUAAUGAGGAAGAUGUUGACCCAGACCGGGAUGGAGACGUCGCCCCAGAUGAACGCGACCACCACCAACGCGAAGAAACAGUCGGCCGUGGCGCCAAAGAUGGCGAACACAACGGCAUCGACAGUGGACUCGCGGUCGACGACGAUGACGACGACAACAAUGAUGUGGACACUGAGCAAGACGUGGAAGAUCAAGGAGGCGAGGUCCACGUGGACAGCAACGCCAUCGUCGUUCCAAACGACAUCAAGCGGCUCAACCAAAACUUGCGCGGAUCCUCCUCCUCGUCGUCGUCGUCCUCCGAUUCGCAAAGCGACGACGCGAGCGAGCGAGCAGAGUGGCACGACCCACCGGGUGAGCCGCGUGGUCGACCUCCGACCUCCACCACCUCCUCGUCCCCAUCCAACGGGAGCACUAACGCCAAGAAGAAGAACCUCAUUGAUAUCUACUACUACGACUACAACUUCAUCAGCUUCCACGAGGACCUCCUCUAUGACCUGGACGAGGCUGGGACGGGCGCGACUCGUGAAGGCCAAUCCCAGCAGCCUGCCGACCAAACCACCGCCACCACCACCACCGCCACAACCACCACGGCCACCACGGCCACCACCGCCACCACCUCCGCUUCACUUCCGCCACUACCACCGCACCAACACCGCUACCGCACUACAACUCCAGCCGCACCACAAUCACCACCAUCGGACCACCACCACCCCACCACCGCACCGCCUGCACUGACACCGCACCAGCAACAACAUUCACCGGUUCAUAUGACACCAAACCACCACUACCGCCACCAUGGCGCCAGCGCUGGCAAUUUUCCGGCCGCGUCACAACCUCGUGCGGCAACCGAGACUGACAGCAAUCGAGCUGCUUUUGACGUCGCCACUCCGCCAGCCGAAAUGGCGAGAGGGUACGUCGAUCGCGCGCCCACGACGGCCGGACGGCAACCUGACGGCGACGGGCGGCGGCCCGCGGGGGACACCGUGCCGGACAACCGAGCAUCCAGCACGCCGAGUUCCCCGACUGUCACCGGACUCGCGUCGGGCAUCGCGGUCGAGCGAGCUGUCCGGAAAGCCAUCGGCGAUGCCGCUGCUGGAGAUGGAUCCUCGGAACGAGAGACGCCGGGAGAAAGCCGAUGGGAUGGCGGCGCCGGCGGCGGCGGCCGCACGCUCGCACCAACCGGCACUGAGUCGCCGAUGCCAAUCCACGAAUUUGCCGACAAAGUUCUGCAGGCCAGGAACGAAGGCGACGGCUUCGGUGGGAGCGCGUUUUCACCCGGCGGCCCCGGAGCCAGGCCCAUGGCCGUCGCCGCCACCGCCACCGCCACCUCGGCACACGGGGCGAGAAUCCGACCCGAGCCUCCGACGGUGCCGAGUGCGCUGCCGGGCUCGAGCCACGAGCGCCGGCAGGCGCCGCCCCUCGCUGGAGGCCGAGGAGAGGGCGGCCUGGCCGCAUCGUCGUCGCCGGUGUCAUCAUCAUCGUCAUCGUCGCUGUCGUCGUCAUCGUCGUCGCCAUCGUUGUCGGUGGCGUUUCCUGAGCGCGCGGGGGAGACCUCGCGGCGAGCGGAGGAGACGAGGCUACCGGAGGCCUCGUGGAGGGUGACGCCGUGGAGCGAGUGCUCGGCCACGUGCGGGCUGGGCGUGGCACGCCGGAGCGUGUGGUGCGCAUCGAGGUCGCGGUCGGGGUCGGCUCACUGCGACUUCACCCAGAGGCCGCCCCCGGCGCGCCGCUGCUCCGUGCGGCCGUGCGUCGCCUGGCACGCCGGGAACUGGAGCGAGUGUUCCCGCCGUGGCUGUGGGCUGCCACGUGAGCGAUCGCGGGCCGUGCUGUGUGUGGAUGCCCGCAGCCGUCGCUCCGUGCGGCCCCAGCUCUGCUCGGCGCUGGGCGGGCCCCGCCUCGCCACCACAGAGAGGGAGGGCUGCCCCCCGCUGCCCUGCCUGCCCUGGGCAACAUCGGCAUGGGGGCCGAACCACGCCCGGCCGCCCGAGUUCCGACAUAGGCCACCGCCGAUGCUCGCCGUGGCCGCAAAUCAAAUCCAGGUCACCGGGUUUGAUGCGCAGGUGUGCUAA